AUGCCCUUACAAUAUAGUGCUGCUAAAACCUCCAGUGUUUCAAAGAAUCGUCUGCCUUCAAAGUCACCAAUAAAAAAGUUUCAAAGGGACGCUAAAAAGCUAUUGCCAUCGCAAAAGGUGUAUAAGAACAAUCUAAGUAAGGCAAAACCAUCUUCGCCACCGGAAUCACCAUCAAAAUCCGCAACUGAGAAGCUACAGGUACAAGACUAUAAUGUUCAACUAGAUUAUCAGUUGUCCUCUCGGGAUGAUGUCGUUGUUGCGGUGGAUACCAUACUAUCGAAUCGAUGGUCCGAAUCAACCCAGUUACAUGAUCAUUAUAAAACAAGAGAUUUGGCUGGAACUGAGGAGGAGAGAGUUUUUCAAAUAAAAGGACAAUCAUCCACUUCCAAAGCGGAGUUGAUAAAGUAUAGACACGCACUACCUCAGGGUUUAAUCACAAUCACUCAAUUGUAUGCAAUUUUCCACGCUCAAGGGCCUACCUUUGUCGAUAAGUCUCUAGAAUUGAAUAUACGACGAGGUAUUUUACGUAAAUUUAUCAUUAGUAAUGCAUCACCGGUUAUACUGAGAUCACUUCAUCAAUUCCAACUGAAGAAAGUGACCUAUGGUUUUGAAGAUAUCGAGGUAGUUGCAAAAGUUGAUUGUUACCACAAACUAAUUGAGAAGUGUAUAGUCGAACUGUAUGACAAAGGCGUCUCCAAACAAGCAAUAUCCAAAUUUUACGAGUUUAUCAAGUCACACCCGACCCAAAUGUUUAUCUCAACCUCAGACUUUAAUAACGAAGAGGUUUCCAAUUUGGUUCAAUUGGGAUAUAUCACAUUAACGUCUAAUCAUUUUAACGAAAUAGAGCACAACUACGUGAUAUCUUACCCAGGAUGUGGAGCCUAUCUCAAGCUCGUCAAUGAAGGACGUACCUGGUUAGUCAAGACAUUGAACAAGAUCAAGCACAAAGAAGCCCUCGAGGAGGAGCUUUUCAAAAAGUGGCUGGGGAUAAAUUUUGAAGGUGUUCUCAAACUCAACAAUUUUCGAAAACCAUUCUAUGGCUAUGACUUACAUUGGGUUCUAGCUGAUGCCUUAGGUAGUGGAAUAGUUGAAGUUUUUAAUACCCCCGUUGGUCGAGGAUGGCAACUUACAGGCAAAAUAUAA